AAUGAGCUUCCUUAACGAAUUACAGAAACAAAAGAAUAAACUCAAAGUUAGAGAAACUGUAGUCACAAACGCUGCUGGACAGAGGUACGUAGAACGAAAUGGAGAAAAAACCGAGAUAUCCGCCACUUAUGGUUUUGUGGUGGACAAUAAACCUGACAAUAUACCGGUGUUAGUGACUGAGCAUCUGUAUAUUGGAUCUCAGGACUGUACUGUUGAUGAUAUAUUAAAACAAUAUGACAUUAAAAAUGUGCUUAGUGUCGGAAUAAAUGCUGAAGUGAAUGUCGGACAUAAGUUUGUGCAAUGUUUAGAUCUACCAGAGACUGAUGUUAAACAAAUGUUAACAGAAUGUUUACCAUAUGUCCAUGAGUCUGUGUGUCGUGGUGAGAAUGUUUUGGUACAUUGCAACGCCGGCGUGUCUCGCACUUCAACCGUUGCCAUUGCUUACCUCAUGCAAUACAAAGGGAUGGAAUUUGAAGACGCAUAUCGCUUGAUCAAGGAGAAGCGACCUGCCAUACGACCCAAUGACGGGUUUAAGAAGCAAUUACAGGCUUUGAAACCUGGACAAGUCAUCUAGACCUCCGCGUAAAACAAUAAGUCUCAUAUGACGUCAGCAUCAAGAGAAAAUUAAAAUCAUGAAGGUUAAUGAUAGUAUUCGCUACAUGCGAAAUGCGUAGUGAGGGAAAUACAAGCGACAACAACGCAUGGCGUGGAAAAAAUUACAACUUUCAUCAAUCAAUGUUUGUGUCUUAUUAUGGUCCCAUCGAUGAUGAUUCCGCGAACAUUAUUCAUGGGAAGGGAAAUUAGAAAAAUGUGUCCGUCAGGACUGCGCGAGUCAUACUUAGAGCGAAAACAUCAUAAGCCUUAACAGCUAUAGUCGGUUCAACAAGUAUGUCAAUAGGAAAAGGCCCUAAUUUCAAAUUCUCUAUGGAACGUAACGCAAACCUUCGCGCCUACAUUUUUUUUAAUGUGCCGCUUUUUUCUACUGACAGAAAUGGCGUGACAGACUAUGUAUUUUUAUGUGUUGUAUUCUUUGCGCUGUCAUUAUUUGAUGUCUUCAGACGUACUUGACGUUAAAAAAGUAUAACCAAAGAGUGUAUUUUUUUUGUACAAUAAAAUACCCGUUUACAAACAGAA